UCCGUUGACAGCCAUGUCUUCAGGAAAGGUGUAUGUAUUCAUUUUAAUCUUUUGUUCUUGCUGUUCCUUACUGAGGGCAGGACAUUCCUGGUACCCUGUAUAUUAUCCAGUACAUGUCGGGGGCGGAAAAAAGCACGUGACCCACAUUCACCUCAUUCAACCAGUUCAUCACAAGAAAGAAGUGAUUGUUGUGAAUAAUCACCAUCACCAUCAUCAUGGACAUCAUCAUCAUGGACAUCACCACUGAGAACGUAGUUGAAAAUAUGUGGUGUAGAAAUAAUAUUAUGCAUGUGAACUAGUAUUCGACUCACGACAUGCAAAUAUUAGAAAGACGAUAUACUGUUAUAAUGGGAUUUUAAGAUUCAGUUUCAAUUUAUUUACUGUUUCAUUCGAUAGAUGGCAGCACUUCAAGUCUAGGUGUUAUUCCGCGGAUCCAGAUAGAUGCUAUAAUUCAACAAAGGAGAGAAAAAAUUGUUUCUUUUAAAAACUGAGUUUGAAUCCAAAGUAAAAUAUUAUCAAAAGUAAUGUUAAUGCUAUUUGACUGCAAUUUUUCAAUUCAUUUUUCUACAAUGAUUAAAUUUUUAUCCUUACUUAGUCGAAGUUUGUUUAAAUAUUAUUUAACAAACUGAAUUACUUUACUUGAGAAAUGUGUCUCUGGCGAUUCAUGCUGUUUACAUUUUGUACAGAAAACUUCAACUUUAAGAGUUAUUUAUUUAUUUCAUGAAAAAAUUUAUUGAAACAUGUUACUUCUUAUUCAGGAGCUAAAGAGGUAAAAGAAGAACUUUACAAUGCAAAAAUAUGAACUUUUGUAACCUAAGGUUUUCCUAAAAGAAACAGGCAUUUUAAACUGUUACAAAAGCAAUAAUUUUAGACGGAUGAAAUACUUAGGCGUUUAGAAGAUUAUAUCCUGAAUUUUAUACAUUUUCUACGUGUUAAAUUAAAUUAAUGUGUGAAUUAAAAAAUUUUUAAGUGUGAUUCUUUUGUACUGAUGUCAGAGCGUUGCAAAACACGUCUUAUCCCAUUCCCAUAUGAACAGUUGCAACACAUGCUGUGAUGCUUUGUUUAAACAGCCUAGACGUGUAGGGAGAGGCGGAUGUAUGCCCAAAAGACGCAGUUGUAACGUGUUAAAUGUGAGAGUUUCGAUAAACAACAUGCCAGGUUCAUAUUGUAGCAUACUGAAUGGCCAUCCAACACUGGGGGCGAUUUUUGUCCAUAUCGUCUUUUCAAAUGACACUGUAAAACAGCCCAAUUUUUUUAUAUUCUCAAGCACAACAACAAUUUUGUUCAUCUGAUUAGCUGCCAUAUUGUUAAUUGAUUUCAACAGCACUCACGUGAUGUUAACAUAACGAAAGCAAACACAAGCAUGGGGUCAUAAACAUGAAGAUGUUCCCUGUAAAACUUACUAAAUACAUUCCGAUAUAUCUAUCUAUACCUAUAUCUAAUAUGUAUAUAUCUAUGUAUCUAUAUCUAUCUCUAUAUGUAUCUAUUUAUCUCUCUCUAUAUGUAUUUAUCUCUCUCAUUAUGUAUCUAUUUAUCUCUCUCAUUAUGUAUCUAUUUAUCUCUCUAAUAAAAAAGAGAGAAACCCCACUUUUUGAUUUACAAGCAUCUGUCUAA